AUGUCUUUCGAUGAAACUUCCAUGGUAUCAAUCGACAAUCCCCUGCAAACUUCAUUUAACCAAAUCGCUGAUGUUGAAGUGGAGAAUUUCUUCGGUUGUUAUCUACUAAAUAGUCUCAAUCCGAAAUGCAAGGGUCGAACAUACAUUGGCUUUACUGUCAAUCUCAAUCGGCGAAUAAAGCAACACAAUAAAGGUAAGGAUUUCGGCGGAGCCAAGCGAACAAGUGGGAAAGGGCCAUGGGAGAUGGUUUUAAUCGUGCAUGGAUUUCCCAAUGAAAUUUCUGCGCUACGCUUCGAAUGGGCAUGGCAAAAUCCUGAACAAUCAGUGCGUCUCAAACACUUGAAUUUACCGAAGACGAAACGAACGAGUUUGAAAUUCAAACUGCAAAUUCUUGCUGAGAUGCUUUCCAUUGGUCCGUGGACACGUUUACCCUUAACCAUCCGAUGGUUAACGGAUAAAAAGCAAACUCUCGAACGUAUUCCACCAUUUCAUAUGCCGAUCACAAGUGGACCGAUCAAUAUCUCCAAACAUACAAAUACAAUUCCAUCCAAACGGAAGAAAGUCAACAAUCCAGUGAUUACAACGACGACGACUGAAGCUUCCAAAUCACUUCCGACCUGUCAUUUAUGCAUUGACCUGGUUCAGCCUUCUGUCAAUGUUUCAUGUCCAAAAUGUUCGAUUUCAUUUCAUAUUAUAUGCUUAUCGAAAUACUUCCUACGAAAUUCGCAACAACAUUAUAUCAUUCCUAUCGAUGGUUCGUGUCCAUCAUGUCAAAAAGACCUGCUAUGGGGUGAAAUUAUUCAAAAUAAAUAUCAAAAUCGUUCGCUAACGUUAGCAGAAACGAGCCCAUCGACGGAUGAGUCAGAGAAUGAAGGCAUUCUUCUCUAA